ACGCAUGCGCAGUGCCCGCCGGCCCUCUGAGGCGCUGGCGGAGGCAAGCGGGCCGUCAUGGCGGCGAGCGGAGGCGGCUGGUUCGCGGCUCUGGCCUUCGGGGUCACGCUGCUCAAGCUGCUCCUCAUCCCUACGUAGUAAGGAGCCCGGAUUCGUUAUUAUUUCCCCUCACAUUCUUCUGGCGGGGAAGGGGCGGGCGCGAGGGGGCUUCCGGCGCCGCCAUGAUGGACGCGGCUGUUCCUCGCAGGGGCCUCUCCGCCCUCCUGCUGCCUGGUCCCUCUCUGUCUCUCUCCGAGUCUGCCUUGGGUUCCACGUUGCAGGGCUUCCCUCUACAGCAGCGUUCUCCAGACUUUGGGCCUCUGGCAGUUUUGGGACUACAACUCCCAUCAUCCCCGACCGCUGGUUCUGCUCGCUAGGGAUGAUGGGAGUUGUAGUCCAAAAGCUGCCAGAGGCCCACGCGCUUGAGAAACCGCGCUCCAUAACUGGCAUCUAAUGAAAUGAAUGGGUGGCACGGAGAAGGUGGGCAGAGGAAUGUUCCCUCCCCCAUCGCCUCUCUUAAUCGUGGAAUAACUGCAGAGUAGGAAGGGACCCCCAGGGGUCAUCCAGCCCAACCCCCUGCAAUGCAGGGAACUUUUGCCCAAGGUGGGGCUGGAAGCUACGACCCUGAGAUUAAGGGCCUCAUGGGCUGUUGUAUGGUGUAUGGAGAAGUUUUUAAUGUUUGAUGUCUUACCUGUGUUUUACUGUACAGUGGUACCUCGGGUUACAUACGCUUCAGGUUACAGACGCCGCUAACCCAGAAAUAGUGCUUCAGGUUAAGAACUUUGCUUCAGGAUGAGAACAGAAAUCGUGCUCCGGCGGUGCGGCAGCAGCAGGAGGCCCCAUUAGCUAAAGUGGUGCUUCAGAUUAAGAACAGUUUCAGGUUAAGAACAGUUUUAGGUUAAGAACGGACCUCCGGAACGAAUUAAGUACUUAACCCAAGGUACCGCUGUAAUUUGUUGGAAGCCUCCCAGAGUCCCUGGGGAAACCCAGUCAGAUGGGCGGCAAGCAUAUAAAUGAAUUAUUAUUAUUCAGGACAGAGGAAAGAAAGUGAUUCUUCACGCAGCACAUAGACAAACUAUGGGACUUGCUCCCCCAGGAGGCAGCAAUGGCCACCACCCUAGACAGAUUUAAAAGAGGAUUAGACAAAGUCAAGGAAGAGGAGAGGGCUACUAGCCAGCUGUGCGGUACCUCCACAGCUGGAGGCAGUAAUGCUUCCAAAUGCCAGUUGCAGGAAACCGCAGGAAGGGGGAGUUGGACUUGCGUUCGAAUCCUGUUCGCUGGUUUCUCAGGCAUCUAGUUGACCACUGUGAGAACAGGAUGCUGGACUAGAUCCAGUAGGCCACAGUGGUACCUCGGGUUACAUACGUUUAAGGUUACAGACUCCACUAACCCAGAAAUAGUACCUUGGGUUAAGAAUUUUGCUUCAGGGUGAGAACAGAAAUCGUGUGGCGACAGCGGGAGGCCCCAUUAGCUAAAGUGGUACCUCAGGUUAAGAACAGUUUCAGGUUAAGAAUGGACUUCCAGAACGAAUUAAGUUCUUAACCCAAGGUACCACUGUAUUGUUAAUGUUAUUCCUAAUUCUUGCAACCCUCCUGUAAUGUCAAAAACAGAGGGUGGGAAACCUGAGAGUCACUCUGUAGAACUUACGCUGCAGCUUUUAAAUGAUAACAAAAUAUACAUUUCAUAAGCAAAGCUCCAGUAAGUGUAAGGUUAGGAGACAUAUGUGUGAAUUGCACAACAAGCAGUGCAGUCCCAUGUGAACGUGGUGCCUUACAAAGAACAGGUUUGACAAGUCUCUGCCCUGAGGGGAUUGCAAUAUAAAAUGGACACCAGACAGUCACACAGGAAGGGGAGGGAAUUCGAGACAUAGGUAGGCGGGAGGAAUAUGGAAUUGUUUCGAUCAGGUAUGCUUUGGCUUGCUUGCAAUCAAGCAUAUAGAGAACCCGUUCUACUUGACAUGUUGCCCUUGGGUGGAAAACGUUUUCCUCAAAACUCUCUUUUUUUCUUUGGAUCACACCCCAUUCCCUACACCUUAUUGCAGGAAUGGCCAACAUGGUGAACUCAUGCUGUCUGGGACAAAUGAGAGUUCUAUAAUCACAGAAUUAUAGAGCUGUAAGGGACCAUGAGGAUCAUCUAGGCCAGUUCCCUGCAGUGCAGGAAUCUUUCACCCAACAUGGGGCUCAAACCCACAAUCCUUAGAUUCUGAGUCUCAUGCUCUACCAGCUGAGCUAUCCCUCGAGGCAAAGAGUUAUAGACCAAAAGGCAGGGAUGGGCCACCAACUUGGAUUACUUUAAUAGAGGUUUAGACAAAUUCAUAGAGCAUAUGCCUAUCAGUGGCUACCAGCCACGAUGGCCAUGCUCUGCCUCCACAGUUGGGGAGGCAGUAAAUGGCUUCUGAAUACCAAUUGCUGGAUGUCACAAGAGGGGAAGGUGCUUUUGUACCUGCGUCCUGCUUAAUAGGUUUUCUGCAGGCAUCUGCUUGGGCACUGUGAGAAUCAGAUGCUGGACUAGAUGGGCCUGAUCCAACAGGCUUUUCUUAUGUUCAUGAAACAUUUAGUGGGUACCAUGUUAGGUAUCCCUACCUUAACCCAAAGUAUGUGUGAUUAAAAUAAUAGCAUUCUUUCAAUGCCUUUGUUUCUUCCCUGGCCUUUGUUCUUUCCCCGUUUCUAUCUAUCUAUCUAUCUAUCUAUCUAUCUUUAUUCUAAUUCUCUGCUGGAGACCCCUUCAGAUUAUCUAUCUUCAAUAAAUUAUACCCUAGUUAGUAGUGGAGUAAAACUCAGAAGUGCAGUAAUACCAAGUGUAUGAAGAACAUGAGGGACUGGAUACAGCUCUAACUGAAGAGGAGGAAUAUUAGUUAGCCCUCUGGGCUUCCAGGUGAUAAAAUGGAAAAAAGCACUGCAUCAAUUCCAGUAAAUGCCCAUUAGGCUUAAUAAUGCAGGAGAUGCAGGUUUUGUCAAAGCACUAAAGUAUGUUGCUGUGUCUGGGGAAAUGGACACCAAUUCUACUGUUGACUAUUGCAGCAUGUGGUCAGACUAAGAACAAGAUUUUCACGGAGCAUAUUUUGGUAAUCAGUGCAAUUAUGUUUUAUAAUAAUAAUAAUAAUAAUAAUAAUUUUUAUUUAUACCCCGCCCUCCCCAGCCAAGGCCGGGCUCAGAGCGGCUUACAAGCAAUAAUAAAAACAAGAUGAAUGAUUACAACUUAAAAACAAAAAUAAAAUACAACAUUAAAAUAAUGGAACAUUAAAAUAUUAAAAUGUAGCCUCAUCGCAGGAGGAGAAGGAAAGUUUAUCAAAUAGCAAGUUUAACAAAAAAGAAAGAAAAAGAAAACAUCAGCUCACAUAGUGAAGGCUGUUAUGAUUGGCUGCUUUCGCCCAAUUGUACAUUAAGUACGUUUGAAAACCCCACAAGGUCAGACCAAAGUCUCCUGUAUUCCAGCUUUUUGUUCUCAUAGCAGCCAAACAGAUGCUGUUGGAAAGCCCUGAAACUGGCCAUGAGCACAACAGCACUCUUCCCCACUUGCAGUUCCCAGCAGCUGAUAUUUACAGGUGUAGUUCCUCUCCAUGCAAGGAUUAGCCCCAAUGUAUUGAGCAGAUGAUACUAAUAGUGGGUCCAACGGCCCAGAAGGCAGUUUCUGCAUGUGCUGUAGAGAGAAGUGAGGGGCAGAUGGGGCUCAUCAACCUGGGAAGGUAGCCCAAGUAGGAGAAGGAAAAGAUCCUAAACCUCUGCUGCCUUGCUGGAUAUAUUCGGGAGAUGAAAGGGCUAAGGCAUAAUCCUGACACAAAUCUGGAGUGCAAUCCCUAAGACAGUUGGAUGGGCGCCUUGCAUGCCUCCUUUUGGCAACUCUUGCAGCCCAGCCGAGAGGGGUAUGUGUUGUCAUCUGAGCAGCUCAGGACCUCUACAUACUGCCCAGGCUUGUACCCCUGGGAGGCAACUUCGGUGCCGCUAAUGCAGCAGUUUGACUUCACCCCCAGAGAUGCACUCCAUUGUCUCUCUCCAUGUUGCAAAUUUUGGCAAUUGCAGCUUCCCCUGACAUCCAGGGAUCAAAAUGUCCUCUUCUACAUAACUUUCCAUGAUUCCGUGUUAAUGGUGUAUGAGCCCAGUCCACUUUUUUGUCGGUUUGCUCUGUGAGCCCACCAAGUGCCGCUCUGAAAAUCCCCCUUACCUUUUGUUGUGUACAUUUACCCAUGCAUAUAAAUGGGAAUGUGAGUUAUAGAUGUGGUGAUAAUUAAAUUGCCGGAACAUAUAUUUAAAAUGUGGCAGAGGUAAUUUCUCAUGAAAUUGGGAAACAGAAUUAACUGUAGGAAUGCUAUCAUGCACAGAUACCUACAGAGAUGCAUAGACAUACAUGUUAAUGCAUGAGCACAAUUGCUGAAAGUUUGUCUCUUGUUAAAAACCUAGCAGAGAGUUCCUCAUCGGUUCUUAUUUACCUACUAUUGCACUGGGAAAUGCAAAGUAGAAAUGGUCUGGUUUCUCUGCAGAUCAUAUAAAUCUUUUGCCUUUUACAAAGUAGAAAGCUAUGUGGUAUGAUCCAGAUACUAAUAUUUAACUUCCUGUAGUCAUUCCACAGAUUUUGAAGUGCAUAGGAACUGGCUGGCCAUCACCCAUAGCUUACCAGUCUCUCAGUGGUAUUAUGAGGUAAGUGUGUCUUUCUGCCUUUCCAGAAGUGUGCUUGGUUCUUAGAACAGUGAGGUGCAGCAGCUUGUGGAGUUUUGCAGAUGAUUAAAGGCUGCUGUCAGAUAUUCCUUCCUUGUUACUGGAAGCUGAAUGGACCUCCAGUGCAGGCAAUUGAAAUGUCUUUUGCCUGUUCUUCCAGGCUUCCUAGAGUAAAAGUGAAGGUCUCUGUCUGGUUUAGAACAGCCAACUGAUCCAGAUCGUUCCCCUUUGCACAUUUUCUUUAAAAGCCACCCUAAUGACUGCAAAGCAUUUGAUUUGUGAUGGGCUGUUCACGAAACGAGAGAUCACUUGAUGUUGCACUUGCCAGGCGUUGAAUGUGCAUAUGUGAACUAGCUUAUAGUUUAAGGUCAUCCAGUGAUUGACACCUGCCUUCUCACUUGCGUUAUUUUCCCAUGUUUACAGGCAACUUCCGAGUGGACCUUGGACUACCCUCCCUUCUUUGCAUGGUUUGAGUACGGGCUUUCACAUGUUGCCAAAUACUUUGACAAAGAGAUGCUGGUCAUCCAGAACCUCAACUAUUCCAGCUACCCAACCAUUCUUUUCCAAAGGCUUUCGGUCAUCUUCACAGAUGUGCUCUUCAUCUACGCAGUUCGCGAGUAUGUUGGUGCCCCUUUAUUGUUUUUAAAUAAGAAGUCUUUAUGUUUUGUGUUUUGGGAGAAGGGAAGAUAAGCCACUGGAAUCUGGAAAGAAAUCACUCAGCCUGCCUCUUGUUGAAAUCAGUAAAUGUGUUGAAGAGUAGAAUAGAUGGAGUAUUUUAGAUGGAAUAGAUGGAGUUUUUUUUAAAAAAAACAAAACCUGUUUGGAGGAGAAAACAGUAUUAACAUAACCUAUAAACUGCACCUGAUCUUUAAGAAAUGUGUAUGGAAGAACAAAGGGAUUUGGAUUUUGUCUUGUCUGUUUAUUUCUCCUCUGCUCAGGUGCUGUAGACGUGUAAAUGGGAAGCGAAGUACAAAGGAACCUCUGGAGAACCCUCAGCUUGUCCUUUCAGUUCUCCUCUUAUGGAAUUUUGGCCUCUUAAUUGUGGACCGUAUCCUUCCAACUCAAGUGUCAAAAGAAAUCUGGGCAGAUAACCUAAACCAAACAUCAACAUUUGAUGGGUUUGGGGGGAGUGGGGAGAUACCUAUCAAAUUCUAAUGAGAAUUGGAACUGCUAAAUUUGCUACUGGUAAGAAUUACAACUGGUCAUUCAACAUGUAAGUUGAAUUGAAGCACUAAAGUUUCCUGGGUUAGGGCAUCUUUCUGAAGUGGACGUUAGUCCUUAACUCAAUCACAGACAUUCAUUUUCAGUACAAUGGCUUUCUGUUUGGAUUCAUGCUGCUUUCCAUUGCACGGCUAUUCCAGGUAGUGUAUUAAGAGGCGGCCAUGCCCAAUUCCUAUUCUAGACGUCUCAAGCAGCUCUUAAGUGUGCAUUCUGUUUAUGUAGGCUUUGGAUUCUUUGUUCCUUCAAACAACCGCCUGACCUUUCUCUUCCCUGUUGCCCCACACUCCCUUUCAGAAAAGGCACUUGGAAGGGGCUUUUCUCUUUGCCGUCCUCUUGCACUUCAAGCAUAUCAACCUCUAUGUCGCCCCAGCAUAUGGUGUGUACCUCCUCCGGUCCUACUGCUUCACUGCAAAUAAUUCAGGCAAGUUAUUGAUGAUUUCAUAGGGGGAACGACCAGGGUUUGCAUACAUCGCCAGGUGAAAAAGAAGACUGCCAUAUUGGCUGGGGUUGUAGACCACAGUAUCUGGUGGGCACCAGGUUGGGAAAGACUGAUCUAUGACAAUAAUUUAAUUAUCUCAGAGAAGGAUUUGUUUUAUAAUGGGAAGGAAAUUAAAAGACACUGCCGAAGCAUUUCUUGUUUCUUUCACACACACCCUUUUGUUUUAAUCAUAAUAUUUUCGUUUUCUCCAGAUGGAUCCCUCCGAUGGGGCAGUUUCAGUUUUCUUCGCUUAGUUGCCCUGGGAUUCAUUGUCUGCUUUGUUUCUGUGCUUUCACUGGGACCAUUUAUUGUUUGGGUAAGGACCCUGAUCCUCUUUAAAACAUGCACCUGCUUCCUGAGUGAUGACUGUAUGCAAGACGUUCUUUACUAAUUGUUCCCAUUUAGCUCAGUAAGUCUACAUUUGGUGAAAAAGCACAUAAACUGCUUUUUAUGGGGGGAACCAAAGAAUUUUAAUUUUACCUUCUGAAAAUGUCUGGUCAUGCUAAAUAACAAUAAUUCUAAUAAAUAAAAAGAAUAUUAAUAUGUAAUAUAACUGGAAGUACAGUGGUACCUCUGGUUACGAACUUACAGUAAUUCGUUCCGGAGGUCCGUUCUUAACCUGAAACUGUUCUUAACCUGAAGGUGCCACUUUAGCUAAUGGGGCCUCCUGCUGCGGCUGCACCGCCGCCACAUGAUUUCUGUUCUCAUCCUGGGGCAAAGUUCUUAACCCGAGGUACUACUUCCAGGUUAGCGGAGUCUGUAACCCGAAGUGUUUGUAACCCGAGGUGUUUGUAACCUCAGGUACCACUGUACAAAGGGUAGCUACUAUAUGUAUGAAUAAUACGCUUUAUAAGCUGAUCGAGGGUGGGGAACAUUCUUGACUUGGCUGUUGGCUCAGGAUAGUUCAAUCUGUAGAGCAUGGGUUUGAACCCCACAUUGGACAAAAAGAUACCUGCUUUGCAGGGGGUUGACCCUUGUGGUCCCUUCCAGCUCUGCUACUCUGUGAUUUCUACUUGGAUUUAUAAGCUGAUUUUCUAUCCAAAGGCUCUGAAAGCAGCUUUAAAUCAUUUAAAAUUAUUUUAACAAAAUGCAACAACAUGACCAGUAAAAGCAAUAAAGCCACAAUCAUAAAUGUAUUGUUAUGUCACUUAAUAUAAAUGAAAAAUCUUUGACUAACUUUCUAACUUCCUUUUUCUUCCAUUAGGGCCAGCUGCCUCAGGUCCUCUCUCGUCUCUUCCCUUUCAAAAGAGGCCUAUGCCAUGCAUACUGGGCUCCUAACUUCUGGGCACUGUACAAUGCCCUGGACAAAGCGCUCUCCGUUAUUGGUAGAGUAUCUUAACCCUGCAUGUAUUAAUAGCAAAUACUUGUUCGGUGAUUCUUGUUCCCUUUUAGAAAUCUUCAGUAGGAGAAGCCUGCUGUGUCUGACCACUAAGGAGUGGCAGUUCCUCUCCUUACAUUUUAUUAUUAAUCUUUUGAAAGUAUGCAAAAGAAUAUAUAAACUUGAGGACGGUUUAACUGGGUUGGGUAAGUGGGAUAUCCAGUCCAAUGUCUUGCCUUUGACAGUCAUCGGAUACGACAGCAGCAGGGAGAUUUCCAUGCAAGUUCUUCAUCUUUAUAGUCUCCUAAACCACUGUGUUUACUCUUCUUCUUUGGUGAUCACUCGUAGUUGAGUAAGAUUGGCUUCCAUGAACACGGUCUUAAUGGGGUGUCUGUGGGUGACUGUGGAGUCCAAUUCUGGAUCCACAGUGGGAGUCGAUCCUGGUGCAGGUUUGCCAAGCGUGCCUUCAAUUUAGCACGUUUCUCCCUUUCGUCCUGAGUCCAAGCGUCUUCAAAACCCGUGACACCUUUCAUAAAGGCUGUUCUCCAACUGGAGCGCUCAUAGGCCAGUGUUUCCCAGUUGUCAAUGUUUAUACUACAUUUUUAUAGAUUUGCCUUGAGAGAGUCUUUAAACCUCUUUUGUUGACCACCAGCAUUAAGCUUUCCAUUUUUAAGUUUGGAAUAGAGUAGUUGCUUUGGAAGACGAUCAUCAGUCAUCCACACAACAUGACCAGUCCAACGAAGUUGAUGUUGAAGAAUCAUUGCUUCAGCACUGGUGAUCUUUGCUUCUUCCACUACACUGGCAUUAGUUUGCCUGUCUUCCUAAGAGAUGUGUAAAAAAUUUCGGAGGCAUCGAAUAUUUCGAGGAGUUGGAAAUGGCGUUCAUGAGUGUGUGUGCACACUCAGAGGAUGACUUCCAAACCAUCCUAAAUAUCUUCUCAGAAGCUUACUGUUUACUAAAGUGGAGUUGGUUAUGUGCGUGUGCCUCAGACAUUUUGCUAUGUCUACAAGGUCAUUUUUAGUACACCAUUUGGGCUGUGUAGUGUCCUUGCAUGACUGCACAUGACGACAAUUAGGCUGCUGGACACUCAGCAGUGGUCCCACAACUGUAGAAUUCAGUGCUGUUGAACUUAAGCGAGCCUCAUCCCUUAGUCCUUAAAUAGGCCUAGAAGACCCGCUUUUUCUUUGAGACUUAACCCGUUCAGUGGAGUUGGUUAGAGCAUGGUACUCAUAACGCUCAGGUUGCAGGUUAGAUCCCUAUACAGAACAGCUGCAUAUUCUGCAUUGCAGGGGGUUGGAGCAGAUGAUCUUCAGGGUCCCUAACAACCCUACAUUUUUAUAAUCCUAUGUAAUAUAGGUUGUGAUUAUAAACUGACUCUGUUAAACCUGAUUUUAUUUUAGUUUUAAUGCUGUUUUUUAGCACAAACAUAAUAUUUUAAAUUAUAUUUUAUAUUAUAUUCAGCUUUGGGUUUUUACUUGUGCUAUGAGACACUUUGGAGCAUCUGCUCAAAAAAUGGCUUAUAAACCUUUAAAUAAAAUUUAAAAAUUCUCUGUAUGUAAACAAGUGUUGAAACAAGCCGUGGGACUUGCUUCCAUAUAUAUUUAGGGUGGGUAUGGUGUGGCUGACAACGUGCCUGUCCUUCUUACAAACUUCAUUAUAACUUCCAGGUCUGAAAUAUAAAUUCCUUGACCCUGCAAAGAUGCCCAAGGCUGCCAUGACUGGAGGGCUAGUCCAGGAAUUUCAACAUACCGUCCUUCCUUCAGUGACUCCAUUGGCAACUUUGACUUGUACUGCCAUCUCUAUGCUGGUAAAUCCAUAUCACUCUACCCCUCUGAGCACAUCUUCAUCUGCUUGCAAGCACAGCCCACAAGAAAUUUCUCCCCUUUUAAAAUGAAUGCUCCCCUGUUAAAGCACCAACUUGCUUGCAUUGAAUAUUCAGCCCGCUCUGGUCCCUGCCAGUCUAUUAUGUCUUUAAAAACAGAGUGACCACUAGUUUUGCUUACUUCUUUUAUGCCUUUAACAGUGGCCUGACAUGCGAAAAUUCAACAGGUGAAGCUUUUCCUGGGUUAGAAGUACAUGGAUGGGGAAAGCUUCAAAUUUACACACACCUGUGUUAGGCUGCUUUUAAAGAAUCAGGAGCAGACUGCUCUUAUGUUCUUAGGUGGGGCAAAAUAUUCAGACCCAAGAACCACCAUUAAUUGCAAUCUGAAACAUGAGGUCAUCUUCCAGUGUUCUGAAUUUUGUUUUUACAGAUUCUCUUAAAUUUCACUGCUUCUCACCCUUUCUCCACCUCUCCCACCCUUGCUUUUUAAAAGAUGGUUGUGGCACCACUGGCGCACCCAUCACUUGAAAAGUAUAGGGUACAAGAUUGUCUCAGCAUUAUCCUCAAAACUACAAUUCCCAGAGUUGCUUGGUUUGGGACCCACGUCAGUGGCAUAUAACGUAGGUGGUACCUAGAAUCUCAAAAAGGCAAUUUAACACUUUCUGGCAAUGCAAAGCAGAAUAAUGCAGUGGUACCUUAGUUAUCGAAUGGCUUGGCUACUGAACAAAUCGGCUCCCGGACGCCGCAAACCCGGAAGUAGGUGUUCCGCUUUGCGAAUGUUUUUUGGAAGCUGAACUUGGAACUUUGGAAGCUCCUGCAGCCAAUCGGAAGCUGCGUCUUGGUUUCUGAACAGUUCCGGGGUUGAACGGAUUAAGUUCGACAACCAAGGCACCACUGCCAAAAUGCAGAGCUUAGCAACUGCUGAGCUCCCACUGAAUGAUAAGCCUGUGUUCCUGGCGCUGAAAUGCACCACUGAAGCUUUGUUUUCUGCCUGUUGUUUCUAGCCCUCUGUUUUCUGUCUUUGGUUUAAACCCCAAGGGCCCAGAGGCUUUCUACGAUGCCUGGUUCUCUGCGCGCUGAGCUCCUUCAUGUUUGGGUGGCAUGUGCAUGAGAAAGCAGUCCUUCUCGCCAUUCUCCCUCUGAGGUAAGAGGGAUGGAAAGGGGUUCAGGUUGCAUUUUUAUAAAUUCCAGUCUUCACACUUGGACCCCUUUCUGGGCAAGAUAUCACAAAUAUCACACCACAAAUGACAUAAUGGAAUCCAAAGAGUGUAGUUUUCUUAAUUUGAUUUUCUCUUUAAAAAUUCCAUGGCUACAUAGGACUUCCCUGUGGAUCUUGGGCCUGUUUCUGUGAUAUCUUAGAAACAAGUCAGGGAUAAAGCAGCUUCUUACAGUUGAAGAGCAAAACAAGGAAGCAGCUUUGGAACUUGACUUCCUUGUUUCCCCUGCUGCUGCAGGAAGAUCCCAGGUACUGCUGCAAAGGUGGACUCCCAAUUGCCUUCAGCCCCAGCCAACAUGGUGGGAUCUGUAAUUCAACAACCUUGGGAAGGCUACAAGUUUCUCACCCCUGUUGCACAUGGUUAACCAGAGCUGAACUCUGUGAAACGUCUGGGUAGACAUGCAUAGCGUUGUGCCGGGAGCAUGGUGGCAGUAGUGAGGGAGGACCUUGAAGAAAAUGAUCUCUUUGAACAGCUUAACAGCUACUUUCAAAAAUCUCCUGUUUUUGGUAUGCGUUUUUAGCUUGCUGGCUGUGGAGAGAUCCAGAGAUGCUGGCACCUAUCUGGUUCUGUCCACUACAGGACAUCUUUCCCUUUUCCCUCUACUGUUUACAGCUCCAGGUAAGUACCUUCUAUGUCUCACCACCUGCCUAAAGUAUUUCCUGGCUUGCACAUUCGUUUUCAAAGAUUACUGAUGUACGUGAAGGGCCGUCGACACAUCAAGAAUAUACGUCAUUUAGGGCUGCUUCCUUUCAUUGACUGAAACUCCUUUGAAUUGAAUAAAAGGGUUCCCAGAUUAGUGGGGGAGUGCCUUAUUUUUAAUGUAAGUACUUCUGAAACAGCAGGUGCCUCUUCUUAGAAGGUGAUGUGGCUCAGUGGUAGAGCAUCCUACUUUGCACAGAGAAGGUCUCAGGUUUAAUCCUCGCCUUCUCCAGGUAAGGCUGGGAAAGAACCCCAUCUGAAAUCCUGAAGAGCCAUUGCUAGUCAUUAUAGGAAAUACUGAACUAGAUGGGGCAGUGGUCAGACUCAGUAUAAGGCAGCUUCUUAUGUGCCUGCUGCCACCGUUUUGUACACUGCUUAGAGAGUUGUAUUUUUAUUUUAGGUAAAGGUAAAGGGACCCCUGACCAUUAGGUCCAGUCGUGACCGACUCUGGGGUUGUGGCACUCAUCUCGCUUUAUUGGCCGAGGGAGCUUCCGGGUCAUGUGGCCAGCAUGACUAAGCCGCUUCUGGUGAACCAGAGCAGCGCACGGAAAUACCGUUUACCUUCCCGCAGGAGCAGUACCUAUUUAUCUACUUGCACUUUGACGUGCUUUCGAACUGCUAGGUUGGCAGGAGCACGGACCGAGCAACGGGAGCUCACCCCGUCAUGGGGAUUCAAACCGCCGACCUUCUGAUCAGCAAGUCCUAGGCCCUGGUUUAACCCACAGUGCCACCCGCGUCCCCAUUUUUUUUAAACAAGUGGUAUAUGCACUUUGUUAAACAAAAUAAAUGCCAAAUACAAAGAGUCUUUCCCCCCCUAUUGUUUUGGCCAUAUACAACAUCUGCCAACUGUUUGUUGUGUUUCAGAACUGCCUAUUAAAAUCUUGCUCAUGCUGCUCUUCACGGUGUAUAGCUUCUCCUCGCUGAAGGCCAUAUUCAGGUAAUGACCAACGGUGCAAUCUUACCGUGUCUAACCACAAGUUGUUUGUUGGGUUCAGUGGCCCUUACUCCCAGGUAAGUAGGGUUAGGAUUACAGCCUAAAUGUUUUUGCAAAGGCAAGCUUCCGUUAGGGCUUGCUUGGCUUGCAAAUGUCUCUGAGUUCAUCUUUUGGUUGUCUUUAGGAGGUGGGGCCCACAACCUGCUCACAUUUUAGACUGGGGUUCCCUGUCGGCCUAGCAAGUCUUUGCCUUCUCUUGCAUUUAGACUGGGAAUAGCGAACCUGUGGCCUUCUGGCUGUGUUUUUGGACUUCCAGCUCAUCAGUCAAUGGUCUGGAAUGAUGGGAGCUGCGGAGCAAAAAUAUUUGGAGGGUCACUGGUUCUCAAUCCCCGAUUUAGAUAUUUCCUCCAGAAUAAGACAUGCUUGCUCUGCUUUGCAAAAGAGGGGUUGAUUUUAGAUAUCAGUAACUAUUUCAAAGUGAUAAUUUGUGAAGUGAUUAUAUUAAAAUCCUUUUUUUCUGCUUUCUCUCUCUCCGCAGAAAAGAAGGGCCUCUGCUUAAUUGGUUGGAAACAAUCUACCUCAUUGGGCUGAUACCUCUGGAAAUCUUGUGUGAAAUUGUGAUGCCUUUCACCACCUGGAUAGUCAAAUUCCCUUUCCUCCCUUUAUUGCUCACCUCUGUAUAUUGUGCUGUAGGUGUCACAUACACUUGGCUCAAACUGUACAUCUCUGCCUUCGCGGGACCACCAGCUGUCAGGCGAAAGAAAGAAUAGCGAUGCUUACAACAUACCUGAGUCAACGGCGAUACCUCCAGAAUAGCCUCCAAAUCAUGCUAGACAGUGGUGGCUCCUGCCACACAUGGUGCCAUGUGCUGUUCAUGCAGGGGUGCUCCAGAAAUCGCUGCUGUUUCUUUAAGGAUGUGGGAGCAAGAAAUUUGUGAGCAAAUACCCUUAAAUAAGCAGGGGCGAUUCCUAGCGUGAAAAGAGAAGACAGUCGUUGCAGGAGAAGCCUCGUUUACAAAAGGAUGCUUAAUUAGAGGGUUUUUAAAAAUGGAAUUGGACUUUCUUUUUUUACUUUCAGUUUGAGCUGAAGCAAUCACUGGUUAUGUUUAACGGGUCUAUCCUUACAUGUAAUGUGUAAGGUUACUUGUAUGUAUUAUGAGACUGUCCUCCAGACAAGAAACUCAGGCUGCAUGCCUAACCUCACUUAUCUGGGCAGAAGCUCCACUGAAUUCAGUGGGACUUGCUUCUGAGUAGAUAUGGGUAGGAUUGCACUGUCAGUUACAAAUGUGGGGUGAAAGAUGUGAAUAAAAUAUACAAUAAUUGCUUUUGUAAAAAUAAUUGUAGCGUUGCC